AUGAACAAAGUGAUUGUCUAUUUUAUCGCUUUCACUUUAUUAUAUUUUCGGAGUAUGAACUACAAAAAUAAUAUUCUUGUAACAGAAGCUUCACAAUUAUCUAAAGAAUGCGUUAAUGAUGACAUGGAGAAAAAAGCUAAUACAUUCCCAAGUCGAAGAAGAAGCAUAUAUCAGAUUAAUUUACCUGAAGAUGAUGACAAAAAUAAGGAUAUAAGUAAUUCAUCAAAAUUAAAAUAUAAUAUGAAUAAAAAUAUUAAUAUUCAGAAUGAACCUAAUUUUUCACUUAUUGCUGAUAUGGAUAACAUGGAAUUAUUAUGUAAAACAUUUUCUAAUUAUUCAAUGGAAGAUACAUAUGGCAGAGAUUAUAUAAAAAAUUUAAAUAGAGGAAUAUUUUUUUUUAUGUAUGAAAUAUAUUAUUUUUUCAAAUCAAGAACAUUUGAAAAAGUUAAUAAGAUUGUUAAAAGAAUAACUGUAUUAAAUUCAUUUAAUUUUUUAGAAAAUAUGAGCAAUUUUAAAGAAAAAAAUGUAAAUUACCUAGAAUAUGUUCCUACAAGUUUGAGGAAAAUGAGUAUAAGUGAAUUUGAUGAUAUUCAUAAAAAAUUAAUAAUGCUAAUGCAAAAAACUUAUAUAGAAAUGUAUAUUCAUAAUAAUAAUUUUUAUAAUUUAAAAGUGGGAACGGACUACAUUUUAGAUAUUUCUUUUUUUUUAAGAGAAAAUGUUUUCGAAAUUAGCACUAUGGAUAAAGAUCCUAGUUUUUUUAAAAUUUGUAUUAAUUUAUUAGAAUUAACUUAUAAAAAUUUAAAUGAACUUACUUCAAAAGAUAUUUUAUAUAAUAUAAAAUUAAACAAUAAAAUUAAUAUGUUUUUAAAUAAAGAAUUUACUUUAGUAGGUAAGCAGGCUAGAGAAGAAUUAAAAAAAUUAGAUUCAGCAUUAAAAGACCUUCAUUUAUCCCAUUUAUUAAAUAGAAACAACUUCAAUAUUUUCUUUCAUUCUUUCCUAAUUAAAAUAUUAGAAAAAUCAAAAGAAAAGGCAAAAGAAAUUGCUAAUGAUUAUAAUUCAAGAAAAGUAUUUAAACCAUUUGUUAAAAUAAAUAGCUCAUUAUUAAAUUUUUAUAAAGAGAACUUAAAAUACCACACUUAUUUUCAUUUUAAUAAUAUUGAAACUGUUUUAAAAAAAUAUUUGGAAGAAGAAUUCUCUAAAGUUGAAAAUAAUUUAAUUAAUGAAGCUUUACAAUCACAUAGAAGACAUGAGUUUUUAAAAAAAAAGUUGAUUUAUCUAAUUGAUAUUGCAAAAUUAAAUCACAAUAAUAAAAAAAUCCUGAGAUAUGCUAAUAUGCUUGGAGAAAAUUAUAUGGAUGAUAUUGCAGUUAAAGAGAAAAUACACUCCAAUUUAAAAAAUAUCAAUGAGAAAUUAAAAAGUAUUACAGAAAAGAAAAACAUUGCAACUAUAAUUUUAAAAAAUGUUCAACAUGCCAAUUUAUUAUUGAAUGAAUUAACGAAUAAUGAGGAUUUUUUAAAAAAUAUACAGAAAUAUCUAAAUACACUAAUCUUAAGUAGUAAAAGUAUAAAAGAAAAAUUGAACAAUUCAGAAGAAACCAAUUGCCUUUUUAGAUUAUUACAAAGAAAAAAGAAAGUUAUAUUAGAUAAUAAAUUUAUGUCUGCAUAUACUCUUCUUUUCUUUUACAAUUAUAUUUCUAUUACUACAAUUUAA